AUGGCAACGGGGACAGAGGCAGAGACCAGGCAGAGGCUGCUGAAGACUGUCAAGAAGGAGGUUAAACAGAUUAUGGAGGAAGCAGUUACAAGGAAAUUUGUCCAUGAAGACAGCAGCCACAUCAUCUCUUUUUGUGCUGCAGUGGAAGCAUGUGUACUUCAUGGUCUGAGACGCAGGGCUGCCGGGUUUUUGCGCAGCAACAAGAUUGCCGCAUUAUUUAUGAAGGUGGGAAAAAGCUUUCCUCUUGCAGAAGAGCUUUGCAGGAAGGUACAGGAACUUGAACAACUACUGGAAAGCAAAAAGAAUCAAAUGCAAGGUGCCCAGGAAACUGUUCGCAAGAACCAGAGAUUUCCUAAUCUAUCACCACAGGCCAUCAAACAUCUAUGGAUUCGUACAGCACUUAUAGAGAAAGUGCUAGAUAAAAUUGUGCUUCACUUAGUGGAAAAUUCCAGCAAGUAUUAUGAGAAGGAAGCACUUUUAAUGGAUCCCGUGGAAGGACCGAUCCUUGCCUCUUUGCUAGUUGGUCCAUGUGCCCUGGAGUAUACAAAAAUGAAAACAGCAGACCAUUUCUGGACUGACCCAUCAGCAGAUGAGCUUGUUCAGAGACAUCGCAUUCACAGUUCUCACUGCCGACAAGACUCUCCCACAAAGAGGCCUGCCCUGUGUAUUCAGAAAAGACACUCAAGUGGUAGUAUGGAUGAUAGACCAUCAUUGUCAGCGCGGGACUACGUGGAGUCAUUACACCAGAAUUCAAGGGCAACUCUUCUUUAUGGCAAAAACAAUGUUAUGGUUCAGCCUAGAGAUGAUAUGGAAGCUAUCCCUGGAUAUUUGUCUCUUCAUCAAACUGCAGAUACAAUGACCUUAAAAUGGACCCCAAACCAACUUAUGAAUGGCUCUGUGGGCAAUUUAGAUUAUGAAAAAAGUGUUUAUUGGGACUAUGCAAUGACUAUUCGUUUUGAGGAAAUUGUGUAUCUCCAUUGUCACCAACAAGUGGACAGUGGUGGCACUGUAGUAUUAGUCAGUCAGGAUGGAAUACAGAGACCUCCUCUCAGGUUCCCCCAUGGAGGGCAUCUCCUCCAGUUUCUCUCCUGUCUUGAAAAUGGUCUACUUCCACACGGACAACUUGAUCCUCCAUUGUGGUCGCAAAGAGGAAAGGGCAAAGUGUUUCCCAAGCUGAGAAAGAGAAGUCCUCAGGGUUCUUCGGAGUCAACCUCAGACAAGGAAGAAGAUGAAGCAACAGACUAUGUAUUCAGAAUAAUAUAUCCAGCGAGUCAAUCUGAGUUUGUUACUGUACACCAUCAUUUUCAUCCUUCAUUAACACAUCUCCCAUGUUCCAUCUCCACUUACCAUGUGAUGCCAGCAAGUCAGACUUCAGUGGUCCAAACACGUUCUGAGAAGCUCUUCCAUGCCCCUACCAUGCCGGUGCCUCAAGAUUUUAUGGAUCCUCAGGGGGUUGGGAUACCUUCAGUGUGGCAGCCCAGUACUCGCAAAUCCUCCUGCUCCUCAUGUUCUCAAAGUGGAUCUUCAGACGGAGUUCCAUCCAAUGGGUGCAAUCAUGAGAGAGCUCCUCUUAAAUUGUUAUGCGACAAUAUGAAGUAUCAGAUUGUCUCCAGAGCAUUCUAUGGGUGGCUUGCUUACUGCAGACAUUUGUCUACUGUGAGAACACAUUUAUCUGCGUUGGUAAAUCACAAAAUAGUGUAUCAUAAUGUCCCAGUUGAUGCAAGCUUUGGUCUUACUUCAGAUAUGUGGAAACAAUAUUUGGAAGAUAGUACGAGAUAUGAAGAACAAGAACUUUUACGUUUUAUUUAUUAUGGGGGAAUUCAGCAUGAGAUCCGGAAAGAAGUCUGGCCUUUUCUUCUUGGACAUUAUCAGUUUGGCAUGACUGAUGCAGAGAGAAAAGAGGUGGAUGAUCAAAUCCGUGCCUGCUAUGAACAAACAAUGGCAGAGUGGCUUGGUUGUGAGGCCAUUGUGCGACAGAGAGAGAAGGAAUCGCAUGCAGCUGCUCUCUUGAAGUGUUCUUCUGGAGCCAGUCUAGAUAUACAAAUCCAGAGAAUGAUGCAUAGAGACUCCACAGUCAGCAAUGAGUCUUCCCAAAGCUGUGGUUCUGAUCAACAAAAUCAUGCUCGUCUACAGAGUGAUUCCAGUUCAAGUACGCAGGUUUUCGAGUCUGUAGAAGAAGCUGAUCAAGCAGACCCUAAAAGUGAGGACAGUAAAAUUUCAAAAAUACCCAAUGGAACAGUACCUAAUGGGACUUGCUCUCCAGAUUCAGGCCACCCAUCCUCCAGGAACUUCUCUAUCACAUCUGGGUAUUCAGACCAUAGUUUUAGCACAGAUGAUAAUACCUCAAUGGAGACCAGUAAAAAUGCACUUUACCUCCACAUGAAGUCAGGAUUGGCUAGUGGAAAAAAACAAAGCAGCCUGGACAGUGCAUUAGAUAACAAAAGGGUAGAAGAGGAACUUGCAGUUCAGGACAGCAUGGAAACAGAAGCAACAGCCAAUGAAAGUUUGGAUGACUUUCUAUCAAUUACCGAAAGCACUGAGGACAUCUUGCUUGACAAGGAAACCACAGUGCUUUCUGUGGUAGAAGCUUGGCCGGACAGUGAGGCUGAGAAAGAGAGUCUGGUGGGAAGUGAAGACAACCUAUCUGAAGAGCCAGAGAUGGAGAGUCUUUAUCCACAACUUGAUUCAUUGAUUGUCAUUGAUGCAACUAUGUCUGAAGUUUCUCCAGUCUCAUCCACUGGAGUGACAUACUCUCAAGAAAUGCUGGAUAUGUACACUAUCAACUUGCACCGUAUUGAGAAGGAUGUCCAGAGGUGUGAUCGCAACUUUUGGUAUUUCACACCAACCAACUUGGAAAAGCUUCGAAAUGUCAUGUGCAGUUACGUGUGGCAGCACAUUGAGACUGGCUAUGUGCAAGGAAUGUGUGAUUUGCUGGCUCCUCUCUUGGUAAUACUGGAUGAUGAGGCCCUGGCGUUCAGCUGCUUUACAGAGCUUAUGAAGAGGAUGAACCAGAAUUUUCCCCAUGGAGGUGCUAUGGAUACACACUUUGCCAACAUGAGGUCUCUUAUACAGAUUUUGGAUUCUGAGCUUUUUGAACUCAUGCAUCAAAAUGGUGACUAUACUCACUUCUACUUCUGUUACCGCUGGUUCCUUCUGGACUUCAAAAGAGAAUUGGUGUAUGAUGAUGUGUUCUCCGUAUGGGAAACAAUCUGGGCUGCUAAGCAAGUGUCGUCUUCUCACUUUGUCCUUUUCAUUUCCUUGGCACUGGUGGAAGUUUAUCGUGAUAUUAUCCUGGAAAAUAAUAUGGACUUUACUGAUAUAAUAAAGUUCUUUAAUGAGAUGGCAGAGAGACACAACAUAAAACAGAUCCUGAAACUUGCCCGGGAUCUUGUGUAUAAGGUUCAGACACUGAUUGAGAACAAGUAAAGGGGCCUCCGGAGAGAAACAAGCACAGCCACAUCCACAGCAGCACGAACACUCCCACUGCCAUGGAGCCCUGAAAUUCAUUUCUUUACCAAUGCAUUCAAGUCCCAACAGAAGUGAAAGGGUUAUAAAAUAUCGUAACACCCAGAUUAUUUACUUAGACAAGUGCCAGAAACUGAAGCCAGUUGUAGUAGCAGAGGAAACCGCUGCUGACAGAAUGGGUUUCCUGUUUUUUCCUUAUUUAGUUUCUUUUUUUCCAUUUGGCCUUGUUAAUUUAUUGUUAAACCAAAGAUCUCAAUACAAGGUUGAUCUUCUAGCUGAUUUCAGAAAACCCUCAUGGAAAUUUUAGAAUAGUGUGAAUGUGCUAUCGAUAAAUAACUUAAAUUGGGUUAGGGUCUGGUUACAUGUAACUUCCAUAUGUAACAAUAAUCCUAUUUUUUUCUAAAUUUUGUUCACUUUUAGAGUACGGCCAAGAGAUCAGGUUUCCUGAUGCAAUUUUGCAGGAGGGAAUUCAAAAAGAGAGUUCAUACAUGUCCUUUAUAUACAGUCGAGUCUCAUUAUUAUGAGCACCAGUUAUAUCCAAGGUAACCGCUGUGUGCAGCACAAACAGCAGCUAGAUGGGCAGGGAGUAACUCAAUAAGGUCCUGGUAGGUUGUCUCAGGUAUCUGGAGCCAUGCUGACUGCAGUGUAUGCCACAGCUGCUAGAUGGUGUGUGUGGAAGGA